GCGCGGGUGACGCCGCUGCCGACACCGACCCCGGGGCGCGGGGCCUAGGGCGGCGGGCGCGGGGGCGGCUCCUUGGUGGCGGCCCAGGCGGCCGCUCCGGCCCUUGCCCCGGCGCCUCCCUCCUGCCCUCCCUCGGCCCGCCCGUGACCCGCCCCGCCGGCCGCGGCGCGGAUGGCGGCGGCGGCCGCGGCGGCCAGUCCGGCUCUUUAUGCCUGCACCAAGUGUCACCAGCGCUACCCCUUCGAGGAGCUCUCCCAGGGCCAGCAGCUGUGCAAGGAGUGCCGGAUCGCCCAUCCCAUCGUCAAGUGCACCUACUGCCGCUCCGAGUUCCAGCAGGAGAGCAAAACUAAUACCAUAUGCAAGAAAUGUGCCCAAAAUGUGAAGCAGUUUGGAACGCCCAAGCCUUGUCAGUAUUGUAACAUUAUUGCAGCAUUUAUUGGCACAAAAUGUCAGCGUUGCACCAACUCAGAGAAGAAGUACGGCCCACCUCAGACAUGUGAGCAGUGCAAACAGCAGUGUGCUUUUGAUCGAAAAGAGGAGGGGAGGAGGAAGGUUGACGGAAAGUUGUUGUGUUGGCUCUGCACGCUGUCCUACAAGAGAGUGCUACAGAAGACAAAAGAACAGAGGAAGAGCCUAGGAUCUUCACAUUCUAACUCCUCAUCUUCAUCUCUUACUGAGAAAGACCAGCAUCAUUCAAAACACCACCACCAUCACCACCACCACCACCAUCAUCGUCACAGCAGCAGUCAUCAUAAAAUCAGCAGUCUGAGUCCAGAACAAGAUCAGGGACUAUGGAAACAGAGCCAUAAAUCCUCUGCAGCUAUUCAGAAUGAAACCCCAAAGAAAAAACCCAAACUGGAAUCCAAGCCAUCAAAUGGAGAUAGUAGCUCUAUAAAUCAGUCAGCAGACAGUGGGGGAACUGACAACUUCGUCCUCAUAAGUCAGCUGAAAGAAGAAGUGAUGUCACUUAAACGUCUUCUGCAGCAAAGAGAUCAGACUAUUUUAGAAAAAGAUAAAAAGUUGACAGAACUGAAGGCAGAUUUCCAGUACCAGGAGUCUAACUUGAGGACAAAGAUGAACAGUAUGGAGAAAGCUCACAAGGAAGCUGUGGAACAGUUGCAGGCCAAAAACAGAGAACUGCUCAAACAGGUUGCAGCAUUGUCAAAGGGUAAAAAGUUUGAUAAAAGUGGGAGUAUACUAACAUCUCCUUGAGGAACUGGUUAUUCACAGGGUUUUCUACUCAAUGUAAAUUUGAGUAAUUCUGUGAAGCCUUUAAAAUCCUGUGUAGUGGAAAGAAAUAUUUUUGCACACCAGAUUAGUUGGCAUGUUUCCUACACGUUUUUAUAAUUAAUAUGCAGCUUUUUUAGUUACUGUUCAGAUGAAAUACUUCAACUGGCUUGAAGAAUGUUUUUAUUUUUUUGAUAUUGGAAACUUUUUGCCAGCAAUAGUAUUAAACAAUUGCAUAGAGAACAUAGCAGUGCUCUCUCUAAAAGGACAACAUGCAAUAACAAACUAGGUGUACUUUUUACAAAAGCAGCAGCUGAGUCUUAAACUACACUGAUGUCAGCCAAAUGUUUCCAAAUCUGCAGUGACUGAACACUGGUUUCUGGCAACUGUUCUUUUACUUUGUAUCAAAAUAUGAAUUUAGAAUGGAAAUCAUGGUGCUCUCAAGUGAAACUAAAAAAAGUCAUAUAUGUAUGUGUAAAUAGAACUGUAACGGUUAUAUUCUUAGUUAAAACAAGUAAUUAGUGUUUUACAUUCUUGUGAUAGGGAUUUACUGAAAGAUUAUCUAUUGUACAGUAACAGAGGCAGUGUGUUUUUUGUAAGAUUUACUGUAGAUUUUUCUUGCAAGUGCCUUUCUCCAACUGUUUAUUUAUAGGAAUGUUGGUAUUUUGUACAUAAGGUUUUUAUGUUUUAAAAUAAUGAUUAAUAAAUGUUUUAUGUAAAUAUAAAUGUGUGUACAGAGGAAUCUGAAACAAAGAUCAAAGUGGCUAGUGCAGUGCUUGAAGCAGCAUUAAGAGCUAGCUAAUUGAUGGACAGUGAGUAUUGGCUUUAGGUAACCUUUGUAGCUUGUGUCUGUGAAGCGUAGAAUUUUGUUAGUGCUGCUCAUGCCAAACACUUCCUGAACAAGAAAUCAUGUCUUUUGCCACGCUGGAGUUGAGUGGUUUGAUUAGAUAUUUUUCCCAUUUGGCACAGCGCUAAUUUUAAUUCCAUAGCAGACAUUGUACUCCUACUAUCCUUAGUGAUACACACUCCAAGUUGUAAAAGAAAUUCUUCCCCACUGUCUGAUUUAAUGUACUUAGUUGUAACUAAUGGUGAUUCUUCUUAAUGAAUUGCAAGUUUCUCGUGGCCCAGUGAAGAUACACAAUGAGAAAAGAGCAGCCAAAACAAAUGGUCUUGAAACGAAUUCAGGGAGUGGAUGUGGUGUCAAAGGGUGGAUUGUUUUAAUGUUUUGGGUAAAUUUUGAUUCUAAAAUACAUCAGUUUGUUUAGCUCUGCUCCUAAAGGGCAUCAGUCGUAUUCAGAAAUUUCUGUUAAACAUAAUUCAUUGUACCCCAGGGUCUCUGUUCAGGAAGGUGAGUUAUGAGUCAGCAUGAAUUGAAAUAGACUUAAGUCUGGAGAUGUUCAAGACCUGCCUGGAUGCAGUCCUGAGUAAUGUUCUCUGGGUAAUCCUGCUUUAGCAAGGGGGUUGGAGUAGAUGAUCUCUAGAGGUCCCUUCCAGCUCUGACAAUUCUGCAAUUUCAGGAAAUAAAGGUUUCCUUCAGCUCUGGGUACCGGGUGACUGCUUGUAUUUCAGUGACCUUAAUUGUAUAAACUAUACACUUUUUAACUAAAGAACUAAGAUCCAAAGUUCUUUGGGUGUCCACCCAUGUACUGAACUAUGAAAACCUUUUCAGUACUUCAAACAAGUUUCAGCAGUGACAGACUACUGAACAAAUUGAAAAAAAUCAAGCAAGUUUUUUUUGGAUGCUAUGUGUAUUUUUAUAUCCUAAAAUCAAUUUUAUAUGCUUAUAAAUGCUUCUCUUUAAACUCACUCAACUAGUAGAGAAUACUGCUGUCCUUUGGGGAUGUUAUUAGUUUUUCUUAAUAUACAAACUUAUUACUUUCAUUAAUUCAGAGUUAAUAUUUUGAUAUUGGGAUUUUUAUUUUUUUUUGAUUGAAUGGCAUCCCAUGUUUGGUGAAAUUUGUUUUAAAACAUAGAAAAACAUAGCAAAUUGAAAUGUUUGAAUUAAAAUCACUUAGUCAUAUCUGUUCAAGCAGCAGUAAGGACAUUUAAAGGAACAAACUCAAGUUCUGUAUUAGAAGUAAUUGAUUUUAUAAAUUGUAGUCUGAAAAGUUCUUAAGGUUUUCACAGUUCUAAUUAAAUACUCGUGGGUUUUCUUCCAUAAUCAUUUUUUAACAUGAAUUUUUUACAGUUGUAAACUAGCCAGUGGAAUCCCAAUCCUGAAAAUAGUGUCCUGGAGCUGUAGAUUAUUGACGUAAUAAACUGAUGUUCUUUAAAUGUGGAUCUGCAAGGAGGUUGUUGUACUGUAUUGUGCUUUUUAGCCUGUUUCCAGAUGUUGAUUAGCAUUGCCCAGUAAUGGCCAUUUUGGCUCAAGUUAUUUAUGUAUUUUAAGCCUGUGAAUAUUGCAGCCCCCUUUUAGAUAGUGUCUAAGUACGCAUUCUGCAGUGAAGCUGUUCAGCUGUCCACAUGUAUAGACUGUUGAAAUACUGUACUGGCACACAUCAGACCGUUGACAUUUUGUACCUUUUCUAAAUCCAAUGUUUCACAAUAAAAUCUUGUCAAAACUUCA